AUGACGUUCAAGUCUUGCUGGAGAGAGCUCAAGCGCGACGGUUGGACGUCGAAGCCACCCGUUGAAUUAUCUAACGACUUCUUCUACAUAAAACCUGGGAAAACGAAGAAGGGCGUGCGAGGCGAAGAUUUUUUCCUUGGCGAAAAGGAGUUGAUGGAUCACUUGGACCGCUUAGCUCUGGAACAUCGAGUUGGUCCAGCUGAAGCUGCUGUUGAGGGCAGUACAACCUCCCCUGCAGGUACCGUAACCCCAGAGCACACAUCACUAGGCGAGCGCCUCAUCCCUACGUCCCCGCACGUGAUGGCCAGUGAUGAAGAGAGUGAGAGCUGUUCGCAGAAUGGCACACCAGUACCGGAUGACUCUGAAGAUUCUGAGGAAGAAAACGACUCCCCGACCGACAUUCACUUUACACCCGAUCUACUCGCCACGGUUGGUGGAGUUGAUGUGGUUGCUCGUGGUGCAGUACCUGAAGCCGCGCUAGACGCAAUGCGAGACAGUGGGUGGACGGAACCUCAGCUCUGUACGCCGUACCCGUAUAUGGAUGAACCUUACGAGAUGCGACCUGAUGAGUGGAUUCGAGAAGACUAUCCUGGUAUCUACGAAGGUGACCAUGGACCUACUGCUGGAGCCCUCAAUGCAGCGACUACGGUACUCGGUGCGUUCCUGCGAUUAGUGACGCCACAGCUCUUGGAGAGGGUUGCUAGGGAGACGAACUCGUACUUCUACGAAAAUUUGGAUGCUCGUGUGGAAUCACAGUAUGUGAAACAACAAGCACGAAAAAAGAAAAAGCCAAGGUUCUCAAUUCAAACUCCACAAGAAAUUAAGGAGAUACUGCAGAGGACACCUGACGUGUCGGGCAGAGAGUUGUGUAUUUUUAUUGGGCUGCUUAUUGCGAGGACUAUCGCACCCAACAAGGAAAAGUUUACCCACCACUGGAAGACGACAGAUGAGGGAGCAAUACCGAGAGGUUGCUUUGGGCAGUUCAUGAAACGAGACCGCUUUGAUCACAUUUCACGCAAUCUUCACUUCAGCAGCAAUUCGGACCGUAGGGCAACUACAGACCGUGCAUGGAAACUUCGCCCGGUGAUUGAUGUCCUACAAGAGACCUUCCAGCACAACUUCAUUCCUCCAGCCGUCAUGGCAUUCGACGAGGCGAUGCUACCGUCGAUGUCGCCGUUCAACAAGAUGCGCGUCUUCAUGAGAGAUAAACCCCAUCGUUGGGGGACUAAACUCUUUAUGUUGUGCUGUUCCUCGUCUGCGUAUUGCAUCCGAUUUGAAGUGUAUUGCGGAAAGAAAGAAAUGAGCGAUGGCACUACUCCUCCAGACACCAAGUCUGGUCCAGCUGCAGUUGUCCGUAACCUCCACCACGUGUUCGGAGCGUCAGGACCGUCGGAUUUUCGCCUUGUAGUUACAGAUCGGUUCUAUACAUCUGUGGUGCUCGCUAUGCAACUACUGGCAAUGAAGUGUUACAGUGUUGGAACUGUGAUGCCGAACCGGAAGGCCCUCACCAAGUCAAUCAACCCUCCAAAACGGGGUUCAAAGCCAACGAAAAAGCGACCUGAGAACAUCGAGAGGGGAACAUUCCAGAUUGUGGAGUUGAAGCAGGUGCCCAGCAUCAAAUACGCUUGUUGGUGGGACAAUCAGUGCGUGUUUGUUCUUGCAGCUGGUGGUAGCGCCGAAGUUGACAGGACCGUUCGGCGUGAAACAUCUACCGGCGAGCAAACAGAGGUCAUGUGCCCACGAUUUGUGAAAGACUACCAGUCUUUCAUGGGCGGGGUCGAUGUGCAUGACCAGCUUCGCCUACAAAGAUACUCUCUUCAACUGGCUCGACGUUACAAAAAAUACUACAAGUCGUUGUUCCUUGGCCUUCUGGAUCUCGCUAUCGUGAACGCCUUCAUUAUCUACAAUGCCCGCCGUACUUCUGAAGGAAAGAGCAAGACAUCCCACGUAGUUUUCCUCAAGCAGCUUCACCUGGAGCUAUGCCAACUUCGACCGGAUGAUUGGAACCAACUUUUGCGGAACCAAGGACUACAGCCUACACCUACAAAAACCAACCGCGAGCAACCAGCGCACGUACCUAUACAAACGGAUGAAUGGAGAAAAGGCAAUGGAAGCGAGACGCGGAAGCGCCGGCAGCGGGCCUGCAAGGUCUGUUCGGUCUUGAAACGCGCUGACCAAAGCCGUGGGGGUGAAACUACCUUCUACUGUGCUGUUUGUAAGUUGAAUGCUUCCUCAACCCACGUCCUGGCGUCGCGCGUCUUCCUGUGCAACAAAGUGAAACACACAAGCAAUGGAAUAGCGACGUCGUGCUUCGAAAUUUGGCACAAGCACUGGAAGUACGGUACAAUGAUACCUCAGGUGCAGCGAAAGCGCAAACUUCGCGCCCGAAAGCCUGCGCGCGUUCAUGACGUUGAAGAAAGCGAUGAAGGAAGUUCGGAAGCGGAAUCGAACGACGAAUCUGCAGCAGGAAGCCCAUCCCAGACGCGGCAACGUACAGACGACUAG